AAUGUCCCUGCAUUCGCCCACAUCAUACAUAGAAUGGUUGCGUUUACAUUGAAGUAGCAACAACUCCGUACCUUUUUGGUUUUCUACUGCAGUUCAAGUGAGUGUGCAGAGCGUGUGAGACGUGCAGAGUGUAGAUCCUGUAGUGUUUGAGGAUUUAUUUGAUAGCAUAUCGGCUGAACAUGCAGAGAGAGAGAGAGAGAGAGAGAGAGAUAGAUGUGAUUAAUACUUGAUGUAGCUCAGCUUGCUUGAUAACAGAAUUGUGAUUCAGUGCUAGUAGAUUUCAAUUGAGCGUGUCGUGGGUUUACUUAGCCAUGAGCUCACCGAAGAAUAAUUUGUUGCAGACCUGAAUGAAUCAGUGUGAAGUCUUUCAUUUCAGAACCCAGAACUUUAUCAGAGUUGCCAACUGCUAGUGGAGUUGACGUGACAUUAGUAAAGCAUGAGUGGCAUUUGGAAAAGUUAGUUCGUAUGGCUUUGAAAGAAGAUAUCACUUUAGUUCGGAUUGACAGGCACCCCGUAGGAUUUUACUGAGAUUCAGUCAGUAUUUGCAGCUUGUGCUAAAGAGCACUUUUGAUAAGUCGCUCCAGAGUGUCCACUUGAAACAGAGAGUGGCAGAUCUGAGAAUUUGCACCGGAAUACUUUCUACAAUGCUACGGAUGUAGCAUUGCGCCAUCCUAAUUUCAUUUCUCCGUCAAUCAAGGGUUUUCACACUCUGAGGCAUUUCGAUCAUCUCCACCAGGCUCCAGAUCCAUAUUCUUGCACAUGGAUCUCACUGCCGAAGUAGUGAGUUUCUGGCAGCAACUAUGAUGCCCCGUGCGAAUGGGGCGCAGAAAGCUCAUGGUUUCAAACUAGGCUGUUAUCAGCAAAGUGUGAAGAUUCCUCUUUUGUUGACGCCUGAUCUAUUCAAGUUAGCUGAUUCAACCACAGAUGGCUGAAAAAGAAAGAUACUAAACUGGCUGAUGCGCACAACGAGCGCAUUGUGAGUUGUGGUCGACUUGAGUCCACGUCGUUGCAAGCUUUUCUAGAAUUGAAGGGAAUAUUGACUUGAACCUUCUUCAGCUUUUGAGCUCUCUAGCUCAACAUGGCCGCUCUGUACUUCUACAAUAACGUCAUUGAGCCUGAGUCUGGUAGUCUCCACCGCAACAUCGACAGUUCAAGGAAUGUUGCAGUUUACAGCAGCUCCGGCGACAACUCAAGCAUGUUUGAAUCGAAUUGGUCCGACUCUUAUCUCUCUUCCUGCAGUUCCCGUGAAAGUGCUGCAACACUUCUGGCUCUCCCGGACGAGGAGCCUCACCUGAAGUUUCCCAUCGAAGUAGAUGAAGUUUUCUUGGACGACGCCUCGGAGUUUCUGCAACAGGGAUCUUGCAAUGGAAUGGUCAUGCACCCCAAUUUUGUCAACGCCCUCAAGAAUAUGGUCGCGCCGGAUUUUCCUGAAGCAGGAAGAUGUUUUGAGCUGAAUCAGUAUGCCCAACAACAGGAGAUGCUGUUCCUUGAGCAGGAACUCUUCGCAAUCCCGGCUCAACUAUCACUCAUUUGUGACAAUGGUUCACGCACGAGUCUGGAGUCUGGAACAGUACCUGUGGAAUCGAUCGAGAAAUAUAAACCCCCCCCUCUAAACAUGAAGAGGUUGGAGAAGCUGGAGGACCCGUCUGACAACAACAUUGAGGCAGCCGAAGUGUCCGUCGACCUGAUCAACAAUCGCCGCCCUUUCCGAUGCGGCCAGGAAGGUUGCAACAAGACGUUCAAGAACCCACAAACCAUGAAGAUGCAUCACAAGACGCAUUACACAAACAGUACUGCGAUAGCCAGGGGUGGCACCGAAAUGCUGCCUACCUUGACGUCAGGUUCUUUGAAGGCUGGCCAGAACAAAAAAAUUCCGUCGCGAUGCCCCAAAUGCAGGAAAACCUUCGUCGGUCUUUACGAGCUUCGGCGCCAUUACGGUCGCAAGCACUCCGAGGGCGAGAAGCCUUUUGGGUGUCGCAAAUGCGGGAAGAGAUUUUAUGUGGAGGUUGACGUGCGGGAUCAUGAGAAGCUGUGCGGGGAGCCAUUAGAGUGCAAGUGCGGCCUCAGGUUUGCCUUCAAGUGCAACUUGGUGGCGCAUAAGAAGGCACAUCCGGCAUGCCAGGGGUGUGCGACAGUAAAUUCGAUCAAAUCACCAACAAUAUCAGAAGAAUAUUUGAGCCAUAGCCGAGUGAGCUCAAAAUUGUCUACUCUCCCCUGGCAAGGCAUCAAGCGGCCUCGGCUCGAAGAAACAAGUAGGAACUCACCGUUCACUACCUCUUGUCACCCAUCCACCUUUGCGCCGCCAGCGCUGGAUUUCAAAUGCCCUCCAGAACUGGACAAUAUGUCCACGAAGGCUGUCAGUUCCGGCUUCUUGGGAUUGCAAUUCUCUACGGAUGGGAGCUCCUUCUGGGCAUCCAACAUGAACUACCCGACUGCACAUGUUGCUAAUCCGCCGGUGUCGGUGCCGUCCCCCAUGAACUCAUCAGUGCUCGGAGACAUGGAGCAGCCCCAGAGCCAGUUUUUCAACUGCAGACCACAAACCAGAGGACUUGGUCACGAAAUGAAGGUCAGUCUCCAUGAAGAUUCCUCUUGGCGUUGACGCUAGAUUCAGAAAGUUUUUGUGGCGCUCUUAUAUUAGUGGCACGGUCUAUCAGAAAUAGGCUCGUCUUAAACGAUUAAUGUUUGCCGAAAUAUUCUAAGUGUAGGGUGGGGGACGGAAAAUAAUCUCCGUUCUUCUGAACCGAUAGCUUUUGAUGGCACAUCCUAUCAUGCCUAAUUGAAUCCUGUGAGAACCAAAGAAAAUCACAAAAAGAGCGCAGAAUAAACACGUAGAGAAGGUGCAUAUAUGCGGUGGCGGUUUUAUGUCGCCCAAUUGUGUACCUUUUCUAACUGCAUGUAAUGCUUUUAGGAUACGGCAAGUAACGGAAUCCAACGUUGGACUGUUAUUUU